AUGCAUUUUCUCAUUCUUGGCGGCACUCACUACAUCGGACGCCUUGUCGCAGAACAAUCUCUGGCUCGCGGCCAUCAAGUAACAGUCUUCAACCGUGGCAGCAAACCGGCCCCCACCGGCGCCCAAGCCUUGGUCGGCGACCGUCUCGCCCCAGACGGCUACGCGGCCCUUUCCGGCCUCUUCUUUGACGCCGUAAUUGACACCUGGGCCGGCGACGCCUCCGCCGUCAAGCGCGCCGUCGCGGCGCUCCGGGACCGCACAAGGCACUACGCCUUCGUCUCCAGCAUCAGCGUCUACGACCAUGCAGCGUCGCCGGGCCCGUACGACGAGACGUCGGCGCUGCGCGACAUUGACAAGACGCCCGUCGCGUACUUUCGGGACAAGCUCGGCUCGGAGCGCGAAGCGGCCGCCUCGGGCGUGCCGACCCUCAUUGUUCGGCCGGGGCUGAUUGUCGGGCCCGGCGAGACCACACCCGGACGGCUACCAUGGUGGCUGCGGCGGAUGGAGCGCGGGGACGCGACGAUGGCGCCGGGGCCGAGGGAUCUGGCGCUACAGUUCAUUGACGGGCGCGACCUGGCGGCGUUUCUAGUCGACGGCGCCGAGCGCAGGCUAGAGGGCGCGUUCGAUGCGGUUUCGGGCAUUGGCCACAUCACCAUGGAAGGGCUCCUGGAGGCUGCGAAUGAGGCUGCGGGUGGCAGGGCUUCGCUGCAUUGGGUGGAUGGCGACAAGGUAGCGGAAGCGGUUCUCGGGAAGCACAUGGAGAUACCGAUGUGGUUUCCCAAGGAACAUGCCGCUAUCUUCCAGAGCACGGGCAAAAAGGCAGCGGAAGCUGAGCUGCAAAUUCGGCCGGCAACGGAGACUAUUCAGGAUACGUGGGAUUGGGUCGUUGCCAGUGGUUGGAAGAUUGGAGAUGGUCCUGCAGGUGUUCCAGAAGAUGUCGAGGCUGACAUUCUCAAGCAGCAUGCGGAGUUAAGCAGGGAUAGAACUGGAGACCAAUAA